UUGCUUUUAAUUUAGUUUUUAUACUGUUAAAAGACAUGGAUGAAAUUACCAAAAGGGCCAGAAAUGCCAAGAAAUACGAGGAAUGUGUUGUCACCUGUAGCUACUGUAUCUGCUGCUCCAGCCUGCUGUCAGGUGACUACAGACAGGUACUCUUUAACACCAUCAUGGACUUCUUGCCUUUUGGUCUUGUGCAUCCUGGAUGUAUGGACCACAGCCUGGCCAGCUGCCCAGCAAUCCCAACCCAAGCUGCAGUCCCGCCGGUCCAGGCAGAUGUCACCCCUAACCCCCACCUUGUCAGCCGGCAACCUGUCAGAGAGUGCAGAGAGCAAAGUGGAGCGCCUCGGCCAGGCGUUCAAGCGAAAUGUCCGUGAGCUACGUGAGAAAAGCUCCUGCUUGGACCUGGUCUUCCUGGUGGACGAGUCAUCCAGUGUGGGGGCCAAUAACUUCCUGAGCGAGCUGAGGUUCGUACGCAAGAUGCUGUCCGACUUUCCUGUUGCGCCGGAGGACACACGGGUGGCGCUGGUCACCUUCUCAUCCAAGACCAAUGUAGUGACGAGGGUGGACCACAUCUCAGCGCCUAAGUCCCACCAGCACAAGUGUUCCCUGUUCAACCAGGAGAUCCCGGCCAUCAACUACAGAGGAGGGGGCACCUACACGAAAGGAGCCUUCCAGAGGGCAGCGCAAAUCCUACGUCACUCCCGUGCUAACGCAACCAAGGUAAUUUUCCUGAUCACUGAUGGCUACUCUAAUGGUGGGGACCCUCGGCCAGUGGCGGCAGCUCUGAGGGAACGUGGCGUUGAGAUUUUCACCUUGGGCAUCUGGCAGGGUAACAUCAGGGAGCUUCACGACAUGGCCUCGCAGCCCAAGGACCAGCACUGCUACCUGGUGCACAACUUUGCCGAGUUUGAGGCCCUGGCUCGGCGUGCACUGCAUGAAGACCUCCCUACAGGCAGCUACAUCCAGGAAGAUCUGUCUCGCUGCUCCUCACUGUGUGAAGCAGGCAGGGAUUGCUGCGACCUGAUGGCCAGCUGUAAGUGCGGCACGCACACUGGACAGUAUGACUGCAUCUGUGAGAAGGGAUAUUACGGCAAGGGGCUGCAGCACGAGUGCACAGCAUGUCCACCCGGCACCUAUAAACCAGAGGGAACACCAGGAGGCCUGAGCACCUGCCUGUCAUGCCCCGACCCGCAACACACCUCCCAGCCUGGCAGCACCUCCCUCAAUGACUGCGUCUGCAAGCCUGGAUAUCAGCCAAUUGGCAUGACCUGUCAGGUGGUUUACUGUCCACCACUGUAUCCUCCAGUAAAUGGCUUUUUUGUCCAAAAUGUAUGUAACAACCACUUCGAUGCAGCCUGUGGUGUGCGAUGCCCGCCAGAUUUUGAACUCCAGGGAACCAGCAUCAGACUGUGCCAGGCUGAUGGCACCUGGUCAGGGACACCUGCCAACUGCAGAGUCCGCUCCUGCCCACCCCUCGCUCGGCCCCAGCAUGGCUUCCUGAGGUGCGGCGAUGGCGGCGCCUCCUACAGGAUGGAGUGUCAGGUGGGCUGUGAGCGAGGCUACAGGCUAGAUGGAGACUCCAGACUCACCUGCCAGGCCAACUCCCAGUGGAGUGGACCCCAACCUCGGUGUGUGGAGGUGCGCUGUCACCCCAUCGUGACCCUGAAGAACAUCUUGCUGUCGCCCCCUGCCUGCGGGAAGAGGGCAGUGUCGCCAGGCUCCGCUUGCCUGCUCACCUGUCGUCAAGGUUACAGUCUCCAGGGAAACAGGAAGGCGGUGUGUCUGGGCUCUGGGAAUUGGACAGCUAAUGUCCAUAAAGCCGUCUGUACAGAUGCUGAACCACCAUGGAUCCAGUGCCCUGGGAACAUUGUUGCAGAGACGGAUGAGCGACGCGGUACCGCCAACGUUAGCUGGAACGUCCCGACUGCCACCGACAAUUCUAAAGAAGAGGUGGGGGUGCAGGUGAAGCCAGUGUACGCCCCUCCCCAGCUGUUCCCCAUUGGAAAGGAAACCAUCACCUACAUUGCGACCGACCGCUCGGGGAACCAGGCCAACUGUUCCUUCACAGUCACUGUCAUCGAUACGGAGCCCCCAGUGAUUGACAGGUGCAGGUCGCCGCCCACAGUCCAGGCCACAGACAUGGAGACAGCGGUCGUUUGGGAGGUGCCGCAGUUUUCCGACAACUCAGGUGGUCGCCUCACAGUGACCAGUAGCCAUACUCCAGGCUCUCAGUUCCCAGUAGGAGAGACUCUGGUCCAGUACACAGCUACUGAUGCAGGAGGAAACAGCCGCACCUGCAACCUCACCAUCACUGUGCAAGGGACAACCUGUGACCAGCCAUAUAUCCCAGUGAAUGGAGAGUUCAUCUGCUCUGAAGAAGAGGAGGGCGUUAACUGUACUCUUCAUUGUAAAGACGGCUACAGCUUCACUCAGGAUGCAGUGCACAGCUACUUCUGUGCCUACAACGGUGUGUGGGAGCCGCCCUACUCUCCAGACAGACCCGAUUGCUCAGUGAACCGUAUAGCAAACAACGGUUUCAAGCCCUUUGAGAUGCUGUUUAAAGCAUCUCGCUGUGACGAUGUGGACCUGGUCAAGUCAUUUACUGGGGAGUUCAACACCAAACUGGGAGGCAUGCUCCCCAACAUUUGUAGCAGCGAUGAUGUCACCUGCAAGCUGGAGGUGAUGUCACAGGCUCACUGUCUAGAGUACAACUACGACUACGAGAACGGAUUUUCUAUUGUACCAGGGGGUUGGGGCAGCAGCUGGGAUCCUCAGAGUGGCCAGGACUACGCCUACUUUGAGUCAGGCUUUGCCACAGGUACCCGGCAGCUCACCAGGCGGCAGCAAGACAGCAUGCAACCCCACCACCGCACCAAGAGGCACCGUAAAAUCACAGGACCCACCAGAGACCAAAAGAUCCAGAUCUUUUUCAACAUCACAGCAAGCAUCCCUCUGCCCGUGUCGAGGAAUGACUCAAUAGAGGUGGCCAAUCAGAAGAGACUCCUGCGGACCCUGGAGCAACUGACCAAUCGUCUGAAGCGAACGCUGGCCAAGCAGCCACUGUCCAGUUUCCACGUGUCCUCAGAGAUGAUUGUAGCUGAUCCCAAAUCUCUGGAGAGCAAGAAGCCCUCUCUGUUCUGCAGGCCGGGCUCAGUGCUCAAAGGCAGGAUGUGCGUCCAAUGUCCGGUGGGAACAUACUUCUCUCUGGAACAUAACGAGUGUGAGAGCUGCUGGCUGGGCUCCUUCCAGGACCAGGAGGGUCAGCUGGAGUGUAAGUCCUGCCCUGAGGGAACAUCCACGGCCUACCUGCACUCCCGCAGUGUCGCUGAGUGCAAAGGGCAGUGUAAGCCUGGUAGUCACUCUCUGAAUGGGUUGGAGAUCUGCGAGUCAUGCCCGCUGGGUCACUUCCAGGCUGGUUUUGGCGCCAGGGAGUGUCUCGUCUGUCCUGACGAGACCUCGACUGUCACCAGAGGAGCGGUGGAUGAGACAGAGUGUGGAGUCCCCUGUUCGGCAGGUCAUUUCUCCCGUACCGGUCUGGUUCCCUGUUACCCUUGUCCUAGAGAUUACUACCAGCCUGAACAUGGCCGCUCCUACUGCCUCUCCUGUCCCUUCUAUGGAACCACCACCGUUACCGGGGCAACUACCAUACAGCACUGCUCCAGUUUUGGCUCCAGUUUUCUUCCCAAAGAGGAGAGUGUAACUGCAGCUCCAGAGGUGGAGGUCAGUGAGGACUACCAAGCAAGCAGUCAGGUUUUCCAUGAGUGCUUCCUGAAUCCCUGUCAGAAUAAGGGGACAUGUGAGGAGGUUGGGGCAGGAUACGUCUGCACCUGCAUGCCUGGGUUCACAGGUGCCAAGUGUGAGAUUGACAUAGAUGAGUGUGACUCUGCUCCAUGCCAGAAUGGAGGCCUGUGUAAGGACGGCAUGGGAGACUUCCAGUGUCAGUGCAAGCCUGGAUUUUUAGGCUCUCUGUGUGAGGCGGAGGUGAACGAGUGUGUCUCCUCCCCCUGUCUGAAUGAAGGUGUGUGUGUGGACGAGGUCAACAAGUUCACCUGCAGUUGUGCCGGCGGCUUCACAGGAUCUCGUUGUGAGCUGGAAAUAAACGAGUGCCUUUCCAACCCCUGUCUGAACGGAGGUGUGUGUGAGGACCUGACGGGUGGCUACACUUGUAAUUGUGCCGUUGGCUUCUCAGGGGAUCGCUGUGAAGUCAACAUUGAUGAAUGUUACAGCGCCCCCUGUCUGAAUGGAGGCUCGUGCCUGGAUGCUAUUAACAAUUUCAGGUGUCAGUGUGUGGAGGGCUACCGGGGCCGCCUGUGCGAGGUGGACGUGGACGAGUGUGACCCUAACCCCUGCGUGAACGGGGCCAGCUGCCUGGACGGUCUGGGGUCCUACACCUGCCGCUGCCUCCCUGGGUUCAACGGAACCAGGUGUGAGACAGAGAUGUCCGCUGCCUUCAACCUGGACUUUGAGGUUUCUGGUAUCCAUGGUUACGUAAUGAUGGAUGGAGUGAUGCCAGCACUGACAGAGAUCACCUGUACCUUUUGGAUGAGGUCGUCGGACACCACCAAUUAUGGCACACCUGUCUCCUACGCUGUGGAGGGCAGCGACAAUGCUUUCCUUCUCAUAGACUACAAUGGGUGGGUGCUGUAUGUGAAUGGUAAGGAGCGGAUCACUGACUGUCCUGCGGUGAACACGGGUCUAUGGUACCACAUUGGGGUGUCCUGGAGGAGCUGGGAUGGUGACUGGAGAAUCUACAUCAAUGGGAAGCCCUCAGACGGAGGCAAAGGCCUGUCAGUCGGCACCACUAUCCCAGGUGGUGGGGCACUGGUAUUAGGUCAGGACCAGGAUCAGAGGGGCGAGGGCUUCAACCCUGUCGAAUCCUUUGUCGGCUCCAUCAGCCAACUCAACAUCUGGGAUCGUGUUCUCACUCCUCAACAGAUCAAGGUCCUGUCCAGCAGCUGUCCAGCCUCCCAUGUGACCCACAGAGGGAACGUCCUCGCCUGGCCAGACUUCCUCAACGGGGUGGUGGGCAGAGUCAAAGUAAACCUCAACAGCAUUUUCUGUGCUGAUUGCCCCAAGCUGGAGAACGCAGUGCCCCACCUGCAUGUCUCCACUGUGGAGGUGAGCCCCGGGGCCCAGGUCCAGCUGUCCUGUGAUCCCGGCUUCUACCUGUUGGGGGAGCCAGUGCUACAGUGCCAAAAUAAAGGAUUGUGGAGCCAUCCUCUGCCCAGCUGCGAGAGAGUGUCCUGUGGGCCUCCUCGUCCUCUGGAGAACGGCUUGUUUCAGGGAACGGACUUCCAUGCCUCCAGCUCUGUGGUCUAUCAGUGUAACGCUGGCUUUUACCUGCUGGGAGACACCAAGGUGCACUGCACCAACAGUGGCAAGUGGGGAGGAAAUCCACCAGCCUGUCUGGAUGUGGAUGAGUGUGCUCUGGGAUCUGACUGUGAUGAACACUCUAGUUGUCAGAACACGGACGGCUCCUACACCUGCACCUGUAUCCACCCGUACAGUGGAGACGGCAAAAACUGCACAGAGCCAGUGAAGUGUGAGAACCCCGGGUCUCCAGAGUUCGGUCACAGAGACGGCAGCAACUUUCUGAUGGGUGGUGAGGUUGUUUUUGGCUGCCAGGACGGCUAUGAGCUGAUUGGCUCGUCUCGCCUUCUCUGCCUGGAGACAGGAAGCUGGGACGAUCCAGUCCCAUACUGCAGAGCCCUCUCCUGUCCGACACCAAUUGUUCCAGAGAACUCCAUCAUGAAGGGAAACAACUUCACCUAUGGAAGCAAGGUGACUUUCAGCUGUAUGAAUGGUUUCCUGCCUCAGAUCCCCUAUGAGUUCCAGUGUCUCACUAGUCUGAGGUGGAGCGGGACGCCACCUGUCUGUCACCCCGUGACCUGCGGGGGGCCUCCAACUGUCCAGAACGCUGACUACACCCUCGACACAAACACAUACCAAUCCACUGUCACAUAUACCUGUGCUGAGGGAUACAGACCACAGGGCUCCAUGGAAGUGGUUUGUGAAGCGACAGGGGAGUGGAGCAGGCCUGUUCCCCGCUGUGUGAGCAUCAUGUGCAGCGAGCCUCCGGCCCUGAAAGACGCCACGACCGUAGGAGAAAACUAUGAACUGGGGAACAAGGUGCACUAUGUCUGCAAAGAAGGCUACACUCUGAUUGGCCCAGAGACCAGAGAAUGUCUGCCAAGUGGCCAAUGGAGUGACAGCUCUGCCCAGUGUGUCCCCUGCUCCUGCGGCCCCCCGCCCGCCAUCGACCACGCCGAGCCCUACGAGGGCCACCAGCUGUUCGGAGACACUGCUAACUAUUACUGCACUGAUGGAUAUACUGCUGGCAACAACUCUAAGAUGGUGUGUAAUGCUCAGGGUGUGUGGGCGCCCCCUGAUGGCAUGGAGGCCCCUCGCUGCAUUGCAAACUUCUGCCUACGCCCACCUGAGCUGCCCCAUGCAAUAUUAGAUUCAGUCAACAAACCCAAAUACGCCAGCAACACUGAAGUGAGCUAUAAAUGUGAAGAGGGCUUCAUGCUCAACACCACAGCCACACUGAAAUGUCUGAUAGGAGGAGAGUGGGAGCCUUCGCCGUAUGAUAUUGGCUGUGUGCCGGUGAGGUGCUCCAGGCCUGAGAGCAUUGAUCGGGGCUAUGUGAGCGGAUCAAACUAUAGUUUUGGAGCUGUGGUGGCGUACAGCUGCGAUAAAGGCUUCCUGAUCCGAGGGGAGAAGAGGCGAACCUGCAAGGCCAAUGGAGAGUGGGGAGGAGCUCUGCCUACCUGUGUACCUGUGUCUUGCCUCCCCCCUCCUUCACUCAAGAAUGGAUACAUCCAGGUCAGAGGUCGAUUCACCUUCAACAGCAAGGUGACAUACACUUGUAAUGCAGGAUACAGACUGGUUGGUCGUCCAGAGCGAAUUUGCCAAGCCAACCGCCAGUGGUCCAACAACGACCCUCCCACCUGUGUCCUUUUGACCUGUGACCCUCCUCCCGACAUCGUCCACGGACAUUACAUAGGGUCUGAUUUCCAGGUGGGCCAAAAAGUGCAGUAUGUCUGUGAUGAGGGUUACGAGCUGGCCGGGGAUGCCACCUGGACCUGUCUGAAGUAUGGAAAGUGGGAUAAGACGAGGCGUCCGCGCUGCUCACCGGUGCAGUGUCCAGAGCCGCCGCUUGAGGAGAACCACCUGGUUCUGAAGGGCCUGGACUCUGAAUCUGGAACGGUGGAAUUAUCCUGUGAGGAUGGCUAUGUCCUUGAGGGGGCACGGAUCCUCCGCUGUACCCCAUCGCAGGAGUGGAAUGACACCUUUCCAGUGUGUAAACAGGUGUUUUGUGGCCCACUGCCCGAAGUGUCAUUUGGUGGCCCUUCCUCGUCCUCUCCCCCAUUCCCUUUCGGCUCUGUGGUGAGCUACACAUGCAUGGAUGGCUUUACUUUAAGAAAAGAAGGCUCAUUGUCCUGUCUGGCCAGCGGGCAGUGGAGCAAUCCUUACCCAGAGUGUAUCCCAGUUGAAUGCCCUCAGCCAGUAGAGAUUUCUAAUGGUAUCGUUGAUGUCCAGGGUCUGAUGUACCUCAGCAAAGCCCUGUACAGUUGUAAGACUGGAUAUAAUUUAGUGGGCAACUCUACUGUCCUCUGUGGAGAAAAGGGACUCUGGAUUGGAGGGGUACCUUCAUGCCGCCCAAUUGAAUGCUCAAUCCCUAAACAGAUAGCCAAUGGAAAAGUAGUUUAUACAAAACUCCAGUUUGGUCAUAGUGCCACCUACUCAUGCCGUCGUGGUUAUCGUCUUCAAGGCCCAGAGACUCUGAAGUGCCUGGCCAGUGGGGCCUGGGACAUUGAGCCACCUGCUUGUGUGCAGAUAUCUUGUACCCCACCCCUGCCUAUUGACAAUGGAUUUGUAGAGGGCCAGGAUCACAGUUUUGGCGUCACUAUUUUCUACAGCUGCUUACCUGGCUUCCAGCUAGUAGGCCAGGACCAUCUGACCUGUGAGGAGUUCGGCUGGUCUAGUUCUAUUCCUGUCUGUGUGCCCUCGGACUGUGGCCUGCCUCCUCACAUUGACUUUGGGGAAUAUAUUAGGGUGACACAGCUGGGUGGAGGCUCUGAUACUGCUUCUAAAGACACUGGAACAUCAGCUUCACCUAUGGACUUGAGCUUCCUUCAUGGGACGUUUAUUGAGUACCGUUGCCACAAAGGUUACGACCUCACAAGCCCCACCAGGUUAGUGUGUCAGGAGGACGGAGGCUGGAACGGGACAGCCCCGUCCUGUGUCCCGCCAGAGUGUGAAACACCACCCAGUCCAGAGCACGGCUGGGUGAAUGUGACUGAUACCUCCCUCGGCAGUAUGGUCAAGUAUACUUGUGAGGGAGGAUAUGAGCUGGAGGGGGAGCCUGUGAGGCAGUGUGUAUCAGGUCGACUGUGGACUAGUGACGCCCCAGUUUGUCGGCCUGUUUCCUGUGGCGACCCAGGCGCUAUCGCUAAUGGCACAGCUCAUGGAGGUGCUUUUGUGUAUCCUGAGGUCCUGCACUAUGAGUGUAGUCCUGGAUUUGUCCUAAAGGGUAGGGACGCUAUUGCCUGCCAGGCGGAUGGAAGGUGGGAUGGGCAGAAGCCUUGGUGUGAGCCAGUAUCUUGUGGUCCUCCUAAAGUCCCCAGUGAUGUUACUUUUAAAGGACAGGAGUACAGCUAUAAUAAUGAGGUAGAACUGAGUUGUCAACCUGGUUUCCUCUUACAAGGGAAAUCCAUCAGCGUUUGCCAGGCUGAUGGCACCUGGAGCCAUGAGUCCCCUACCUGUGUACCUGCCCGCUGUGGCAAACCCUCCUCAAUACCCAAUGGGCGUGUAUUGGGGUCAGAGUUUGGCUUUAACAGCAAGGUAAAGUAUGAAUGUGAUGAGGGAUACACACUGAAUGGAGAUCCCACGCAUAUUUGUCAGUCAGAUGGAUUUUGGGACAAACCUGCACCUCGCUGUGAUAUCAUAAGUUGUGAUCCACCUGAGGACAUCAGUCACGGCUUCCUGAACGGUUCCAGCUUCAACUACGAUGACGUGGUGGAGUAUGUCUGCUUCGAUGGCUAUGAGGUAGUCGGGGAUCCCAUCCUGCGGUGCUCCGCUCAAGGCUUCUGGGUGGGCACCGUACCUCAAUGUCGGCCCUGUGUCUGUGCCCUCCCCAUGGUGAAAUUUGGGGUAGUUCUUGGUCGCAACCGUGCCUGCGGAGACCAAGUUCACUUCCAGUGUGAUGAUGGCUACAAGCUGCUGGGUCCCUCUCAGGCGAUGUGUGAGAAAGGGGGGGUGUGGAGCCCCGGUGUGCCUUUGUGUGGCCGGGGGAGGUGCAGUGCCGCCCCGCCUACAGUCCCUAACGCUGUCCUGCAGGGCGGCAGUGCCACCUUCUCAGACACAGUUAUAUACAGGUGUCGGCCCGGCUACCAGCCAAAGGGGUAUCCACACCUCUCCUGUGGAAGAGACGGCAGGUGGGGGGAACCCAGGAUCAGCUGUGAGCCUAUGAGCUGUGGAAAACCUCCAGCUGUAGCCCACGCUCAGGUGGUGGGAGACACCUUCACCUUCCCAAACCAAAUCACAUACAGGUGUGAGGACGGGUACAAAUUAGCCACACAGACAUCCUCUCUCUCCUGCCAGAGUGACGGCACCUGGUCCAAACACAGCAUUCGGUGCCGCCCCACCCCCUGCCUGCUACCUACCAACUUCUCCAUUCCCCAUGUGGUAAUCACUGGGAAGGAGCUCACUCCUGUCGGGGGCACCAUCACCCUCUCCUGCCCUCCUGGUCUCCACCUGCAGGGGUCAGCACAAGCUGAGUGUCAGCUGGGUGGGAGCUGGGCGCCAAGCAUCUCCUCCGUUUCCUGCGAGCUGGUGGUUUGUGACAAACCCCCUCCUCUUCUUCACGGUGUCACCGAGGGGGACAGCUACAACUAUGGAGACUAUGUCAUGUACUCAUGUCUGCCAGGCUUUGAUAUGAAGGGAGACUCUAUCCAGACCUGCCAGGGAGACAGAACGUGGAGUGGCACCCAGCCAGUGUGUGUUGCACAGUCCUGUGGGCCUCCUCCCACAGUAAAAAAUGCACAGGUUCAGACAACAGGAGAGACUUACCUACACAAUGCCAGUUAUGUAUGUAAUGCUGGCCUGCAGCUGGUCGGCCCAAAAACUCUCACCUGUCUGGCCAACGGCACAUGGAGCCUGCCAGCUCCUACAUGUGAAGUGGCCAAAGGCUGCGACAGCCCAAAGCAGAUGCUGAACGGUAAAGUGCAAGAACACAACCUGAACACAGGGCGCGCUGUGGAGUUCCAGUGCGAUAAAGGCUACAACCUGGUGGGAGAUCGUCUGGUGGUGUGUAUGGGGGGCAACACCUGGAGCUCCACUUUCCCCACCUGCCAAUCCAAGUCUUGCUCAGCUCCUCCAGGCUGGAGGGAGGACAGCAGCGGGAACGGAUCCCAGCAGGAGUUUCACGUUGGACAGUCAGUCCGAGUCACCUGUCCCAAAGGUCAGCAGGUCAAAGGCAGCGGCACCAUCACCUGCAGGCCAGACCAGACCUGGAGCCCCAUCAGCUCUGUGUGUGAAAGGGUGUCCUGUGGCCCCCCCCUCCACGUGACCAAUGGGGUUGUGCGGGGGGCGGUGUUCCAGUUCGGGGACGUGGCGGUGUACUCGUGUUUUGGCGGCUACGCCAUGGAGGGAGUUGGAAGGAGCAGGUGUCUGGAGAACGGCACCUGGACGCCGCCUCCCACAUGCAGAGCGGUGUGUUGGUUGCAGUGCCAGAAUGGAGGUGUGUGUCAGCGGCCCAACAUUUGCUCCUGUCCCGAGGGCUGGAUGGGUCGACUUUGUGAGGAGCCGAUCUGCAUCCUGCCGUGCCUGAAUGGAGGCCGUUGCGUGGCACCCUACCAAUGCGAGUGCCCCCCCGGGUGGACGGGCACACGCUGUCACGGUGCUGUGUGUUCAUCACCUUGUCUGAAUGGAGGCAGAUGCAUCAGGCCGAACAGAUGUCACUGCAGUGCAGGAUGGAGUGGACACGACUGCUCCAGAAAAAGGAAAUCAGGAUACUAUCACUUCUAAAAAGGUUCCACUCAGCUCCAUGUGAAUCGUCGUAUGAAGGGAAUUCUUGUAUAGUUAACUGACACACUUGUAAACCAUUCAUUCUCAUCUCUCUGCAAAAGGCAAAGCAAGAACCAUUUUGUAAAAUAAAGCUGUAUUUUUUCAUAUAGAGACUCAACAGUAUUAAACAUAUGCUGCUAUAUACUUGUACGAUGUGUAAAAAAAAAAAAACCCCCCCAAACAACUAUUGAUGUGAUGUCCAAUGUAUAUGUGUAAACUAUUCUCACGUUUUUAUUAAAGCAUAAAAUACCAUUAAA